AUGCAUGUUUGGUCCUUUGAAAUAGGUCUUUUGGAGCAUUCUGGAGCAUAUGGGACACAAGGAGCAUGGAGGGACUUGGCACAUGGAAGCAGCUCAACUGGAUACGCAAAGGAAGAAGGGAGAAGCCAUCUUGAAGACCAGCUCGACCGUCCACUCGACCAACCGGUCGAGUUCCUCAACUCGACCGGCCAAGCUUCAACUCGAUCGAGCUGGGGAGUCAAAAUUCCUUUGAUUGCAAAACCCUGUCUUGAGUCAGACGAAAAGUUGAGAAAAGAUGUUAAGGCAUUGAAUGAGAAGUUGGAUAAGCUGAUCCUAGCUCAGUCCACAAUGAAGAAAGUCAACUUUGUGUCUGCUGAGGAGAUGGAACCAGUCCAAGAAGGGGAGGAUACACAAUUUGCUGAGGUGUGCUACAUGAGCAAUGGGCAAGGAGGUUACAACAAAGGAUACUAUAACUACAAGUCCAACCCUGCCAUGUCAUACCGCAACACUGAUGUUGCUAACCCUCAGGACCAAGUAUAUCCUCAACAACAAGCAGCUCGAUCGAGUCAGGUGCCACAACAUGGGUAUGGUCAAAAGAACAAUUACCAAGGACCACAAGGCACUUUCCCUGGACAACAAAUGAAUAUCCCACCAGGCUUCCCCCACCAACCGCCCCAGCCUGCACCUUCACAAGAGAAUGAGCUCAAGGCAAUGCUAAAGCAACUACUUCAAGGGCAAGCUGAUGGGGUAGUGGACACAAGCAAGAAGCUAGCUGAAAUAAACUCUAAGAUCGAGAACCUCAACACAAGGGUUUACUCUCUGGAGAAUCAUGCUUCUUCUGUUGCUGCUGCUACAAAGCAAGGACAACUACCUGGUAAAGCUAUUCAGAACCCCAAGGAACAGUGCAAGGUCAUCUUCACUCAAGAAGGACUUGUUGAAGAAGAGGAUCAAGAAAGGGUCAUUGAAGAUUUUUGUUUACUGCUGAAUGAUGAAGAGAUUGUUGCUGCUGAGGCUCCUGGAGUCCAGAUUGAUCAACCAGAAGUGCAUGCACCUACUGUGGCCAUUCACACUUCACCAGUUGAGCUCGCACGACAAGCUCGAUCGGCAGCUCGAUCGAGUCCAACUCUAGCUCGAUCGAGUCCGACCUCUUCUGUCCGACAGCCUGUUUUGCUUGAUCCUUAUCAACCGGUUGCCGCUUCCUCGUCUCGCCUACUUAGUCAAGGUCACAAGGAAGUGAUUCACAAGUUCAGAAGAGAUCUCAGUGGGAUUGGAAUUGAGUUGCCUCUAUGGAUAGCAUGA